AGUCCUGACUGUGAGAGAUCACUUGUGCAGAGUUGCUGAUAUGAGCGAGACCGCAGCCGCCGAAGCGGCUCCUCCGCCCGCCCAAACCAAGGCUCCCAAGAAGAAGGCGGCGGCCGCCCGGAAAAAGACCGCCGGUCCCAAGCUGGGGGAACGGAUCGACAAGAUUGUUGCGGAUUGCCAGGAACGGCGAGGAAUGUCCCUGGUGGCGGUAUCGAAGGGACUGGUCGCCUGCGGUAUCGAUGUUGAAAAGUACCACAAGCUCAUCAAGGUGACCAUCAAGAGGAAAUUGGAAACCGGCUCCCUGGUUCAGACCAAGGGCAAGGGCGCCUCGGGCUCCUUCAAGGCCGCUGCGAAAGAAGGCGCCGUGAAAAUGGCAAAGAAACCAGCGUCCAAGGUUUCGAAGACCAAAAAUCCGACCGUCAAAAAAACCCCGUCCAAGAAACCACCGGCAAAGAAAAUAUCCAAGAAAACUGUAAACAAAAAAUCUCCCGCCAAGAGAGUUGGGGUAAAGAAAUCUCCCGCCAAGAAAGUUGGGGUCAAGAAACCAACACCUAAGAGACCGGUGGCUAAGAAAUCAGCUGCCAAGAAGGCGGCGCCCAAGAGCCCCAGGAAGGCCCCAGUAACAAAGGUGAAAGUGGUCAAGACGUCGAGAAAAGCGUCGAAGCCGAAACCAGCGGCGAAAGUCCUGAAGAAAACGACAAGAAAAUGAAUUGAAACGAUCAACUUGUAAAUACAUAAACCCAACGGCUCUUCUCAGAGCCACUCACAUCUCCCCAGAAAGAGCUGAUCCUGAAUAAAGGGUUACAGUCCCAGGACGAGGCUCUGCCAACGGGAAAUAAUUCCCAUUAAACCUGGGAUCCCCGGUAAUUCACUGCCCCCUCCCUGGUGUCUGAAAUAAACACCGUGAUUGGGCGCAGUUUACGGCUUCUCUGAAACUGCAACAUUGAUGGUGAAUUCCCGCUCACAGCCCAAAGUCCAACUCGGGAGGAUCCUCAGAUCAGUGGGUUAAUGUGUUUGUAAACUGCUGAAUUGUGUUGGAGGGAUGAUAUGGGGAGAGGGAACGGGCUCUGAAGAUGAAUGGGAAGGAGACUCAUUAAUUGUCAAUGCAUUUAGACAGAAAUAUUACUGAUUGCUCUUUAAUGUGGAAUCCGUGCCUGUGAAAGUUUGUGGGGCGCUGAGUCUUGGGUGUAUUGUCAGCAAACCGUUGGGAAUUGGCGGCUGCAGAAAACCGGGGGAGGCCGCUCUCUGCUCUGUCUGUCACUCUGACUCUGUCUCC